ACUUCCUAUGCCUGGAAAUGUACAGGGAAUUUUUAAUAGGCUUGCAGAAAGGCCUUGUACUGCCCUGGACACAAAUAAUUGGAAAAAAGCUUCUGAAAAGAUGCUUGCUAUUAUAGUGACAGCUGCUAUCUGCAAGUAUUUCAAGAAUAUGCCUGUGUUUUGUAAAGUGGGAUCAAUCAACUGUGGUUGCUUUGAAACUAUGAGAACUGCUUUGUGUUGUAUGCACCCAGUCUGCCAUUAGGAAUGUUUUAAAAGCAGCUAUUCUAACAAACUGGAGUAAGGAGUCAUUAUCAUAUAAGAGAUUUCCAGGAGUUCAGCUGGGUGCUACGGCUAUGUUCAGCUGGGUGCUACGGGUAUGUUGUUCGCAUGGAAAGGAAAAUGCAUCUAACAAUGGGCAGAUUUUGCCUAGGGAGAUGCAAAAUUUAAGCUGGAUGUUUAGGAAUAUUUUAAUGGCAAAGUGGAGAGGAUUUAAACAAUGCUAUUGGUAUAAAAGUCAUCUAGUUAAUAAGAUGUUAAAAGUUAAUACUCAAUAACAAUCUUGAUUAAUAAAACUGCUGAUUUUUUAUUUAAAUUUUACUUUUUUUGUUUAAUCAUGACUAAUCAUAAUAAAAAAGACUGUUAUAUAUGAGAAGUUAAGGCCUUGGGCGUUUUGUUCAGUGGGGUGAGGUGUCCUAACCUGUAAAUACUUGCAGUCAUUUUAACUGACUUGGUUUGAUAGACAGGGAUUACCAGAACCUAUAGUCUUCCCACACGCUAUUUCCACCUACACUAGAGAAGGGAUUUGAAGAGAGUGAACCUAUAUAAAAAGAGUGUAUUUGUUAAUAUACUGUUUUAGGCAUCUCCAGGAAAGAAUUCUGGUGUUCAUUCUUGUAUUUAGAAUAAAGAUAACAUUGAUGUUUAGCUCAGGAAUGACUAGCAGACAAACACAUUGUAAUUUUAACUGAUUUUCAAUAAUGCUGAGACCCUGCAACUUCCACUAACUUCUGCGGAUAGUGGGAUUACCUAGAACCUCUGAAAAAUUCCACCAUAGGAGAGAUCUGAAAAAAAUCAGGAUUCGUUUCUGCUUCCUCAUACGAAUCCUUACCACAACAAAGAGGCUAGUCGAUCAAAAUCAUGCAGCAACAAACAUUUUACUGGAACACUGUAGCCAUCAAGCUGGUUUUGUGCCUGUUUCUAUGGCUCCCUGGAUCACAAGCUUCAUCUAGCUUUAAGCCCAACAUAGUGCUGAUACUGGCUGAUGAUCUUGGUAUUGGAGAUAUAGGCUGCUAUGGUAAUAAUACCAUAAGGACCCCUAAUAUUGACCGUCUAGCAAAGGAAGGAAUAAAACUGACUCAGCACAUUGCUGCAGCUCCACUUUGCACCCCAAGCAGAGCAGCCUUCUUGACUGGCAGAUACCCCAUCAGAUCAGGUAUGGAUUCCACUAGCGAUUUUCGUGUUAUUCAGUGGAAUGGUGGUUCAGGAGGCCUCCCUCCAAAUGAAACCACAUUUGCCAAGAUAUUGCAGAAGCAAGGCUAUAUCACUGGACUCAUAGGAAAGUGGCAUCAAGGUAUUAACUGUGAAUCCCGCAACGAUCAUUGCCAUCACCCUUUAAACCAUGGGUUUGAUUAUUUUUAUGGUAUGCCUUUUAGUCUAAUGAAUGACUGUCACAUAACAAAACCUCCAGAGAAGGCCAGAGCCUUGAGAUCCGAACUUUGGCUUCUUACUCAGAUACUUAGCCUUGCUGUACUCACACUUGUUGUAGGAAAACUUGCUGGCCUGGUCUCAUUCAGCUGGAAAAUAAUGAUCUGCUUUGCUUGGUUUGAUUUCUUGUUCUUCAUGUCCUGGUUCUCAAUGUAUGGAUUCACAAGAUACUGGGACUGUAUUAUGAUGAGAAACCAUGAAAUUACAGAACAGCCAAUGGUGUUAGAAAGAACUGCAUCUACUUUCUUGAAAGAGGCUGUCUCCUUUAUUAAAAGAAACAAGCACAGACCAUUCCUCCUCUUUGUUUCCCUUUUACAUGUCCACACCCCGCUUAUCACCACAGAGAGGUUUCUUGGGAAGAGUAGACAUGGUUUAUAUGGAGAUAAUGUAGAGGAGAUGGACUGGAUGGUAGGCAGGAUUUUGGAGGCUAUUAGCACAGAAGAUUUGAAAAAUACUACACUCAUUUAUUUUGCCUCUGACCAUGGUGGAUUAUUGGAAGCUCAAGAAGGAAAAGCCCAGAUGGGUGGUUGGAAUGGAAUAUACAAAGGUGGAAAAGCUAUGGGAGGCUGGGAAGGAGGAAUCCGUGUGCCAGGGAUAUUUAGGUGGCCAGGAGUGUUACCUACAGACAUAGUCAUCGAUGAACCUACAAGCCUUAUGGACAUUUUCCCUACAGUGGCUCAUCUGGCGGGCGGGACGGUGCCACAGGACAGGAUAAUUGAUGGACGGGACCUCAUGCCAUUACUGCAGGGAAGAGUUCAGCACUCAGAGCAUGAGUUCAUGUUUCACUACUGUGGUGUGCAUUUACAUGCAGUGCGGUGGCACCAGAAAGACAGUGGUGCAAUAUGGAAGGCUCAUUAUGUGACCCCAAAAUUCAGUCCAGAAGGUGCUGGAGCUUGUUAUAGAAUUGGAAUUUGCCCAUGUUUUGGAGAAGGCGUAACCCAUCAUGACCCUCCUCUGCUGUUUGACCUCUCACAAGACCCUUCAGAGAACAAUCCUCUCUCACCUGGCACUGAGCCCCUAUUUGACACAAUAAUAAGCAGAAUAGAAAGAGCAGUGGAAGGACAUCGCAGGACACUGACUCCAGUCCCACAACAGCUCUCUUUGUACAACAUUUUAUGGAAACCUUGGCUGCAGCCCUGUUGUGGGACAUUCCCAUUUUGUUGGUGUGAUAAAGAAGAUGACAGUGCACACAAUACUGUAUAAAGAAAAUAAAUAAAAGGUGAAUUUUGUGAAAAAGAA